AUGAAGAGGGAGCACGAUGAGCUCGCUGAGGACACAGCAGACCUUACUCAGGUCUCAAGCGAGGGAUCGCGUCUGAAAGGACCGGAUGCCUAUCGUAACAAGACCAUCCUUGCCCCGAUGGGUACCUUGCCCAUGCGCCUGCUGGCCCUGGAGUACGGUGCCGACAUCGUCUACUCCGAGGAGAUAAUUGCCAAGAAGUUCGCCAAGUGCCUGCGAACCGUUGACGAGAAGAGCAAGCGGGUGGAGUUCGUAUUGCCCGAUCAUAAGAAGAAGAACGUCGAGGCGGGGUGCAUGCUGCCUGGCUUCUUCAAGGACGAUGCCAUACACUUGUCCCUCGACGAUGCGCUGAGGGCCGCGCCUCUGGCCUUCCGUAGCGACAACGAGCACAACAUCUAUCUCGAAGAUGAAGAAGAUGAAGAGAAAGCAAAUCCUCCAGAGACCACCACAAGCGCUUCCCAAGGCGCGACGAAGCGCGAUGUGCUGCAGCGAGCCCAGCACUCGUCGAAGACGUGCGUGACCUACGACCAGGUGUCGCCGGCCAGCCCCCUGCACGCCCUCUACAACUGGGACCCGCUGUUGGAUUUCCUCGCCGCGGUGCUGAGCAAGGAGCAGCUCCAUCGCACGGCCGACCGGCUCGGCGCGCUCAACGUCCACAUCUACCACCAAGGCGACGAGCUCGGAUGGCACUUCGAUCGGGGAGAGUUUGCAGUAUCUCUGUUGCUGCAGUCCUCGGCCGAGAGUGGGGCGAGCGACGAGGGUGGUGGCCACUUCGAGUACGCUCCGCAUCUCCGAUCCGCUGAUGAUCAAAACUAUGUUGAUGUGAUUGGGGUGCUUGACGCGGCCGAGGAGGACAAGAGCACCACGUCAACGGGAGGGCGCAUUCGUCGCUUGAACAUCACGCCCGGGGCUCUGGUCUUCUUCUGUGGCAGGCAUUCACUGCAUCGAGUAACGAAGGUGACGGGAGACACACCGAGGGUGAUGGCCAUCCUCUCCUUCGAGACCAGGCCCGGCGUAGAGCUCAACGACUACACACGUCUCAAGUUCUUCGGCCGCACGGGCUAG